AUAACCAAGCAAAGUGUUGAACUUUUAUGUCAGUAAAAUUUGGCCAAAAAACAUUUCAAAGCAAUAUUUGGAAACUAUAUUUACAUACAAGUUGUCACGAGCUAAAGACGCCAUUGCACUACACGCGCCAAUACGAGGAGGAACUGAACAACUAGUGUUCAUUUUACAAUAUAUUGUGAUUAUUUAUUUAUUAUAUAUUAAUCAGUAAUGAAUAACAUAUUCAGACCCAGCUUAAUCGUGGUUAAACAACCAGGGUUUAUUAGGAAUAUUUCGAUAAGUUGUGCAAGGUAUAAGAAUUUCGAUGAUUUAGUUCAUCCAGAGGGUCACGAACCGAAUAUACCACCUUAUAUUGAACGUGAAGGUGAAAAUGCAACCCUAAAACGAGCUAGGCUUGUAUAUCAAUCUCGUAAACGUGGAAUGCUAGAGAAUGGUUUGUUACUUAGUACAUUUGCAAAAAAAUAUUUGGAUGGUUUUAACGAGAAACAAUUGCAGCAGUACGAUCGUUUGAUUAAUUUACCUUCAAACGAUUGGGAUAUAUUUCAUUGGGCCAGUGGAGUAAAGCCUACACCACCUGAAUUCGAUAAUGAAAUCAUGAAUAUGCUAAAGGAUCAUUUGCAAAAUAAGAAUCGUGAAUUAAGAAUUAUGCAACCAGCAUUAUAAACAAUAAAUAAAAGUAGUCAUGAGUAGAUUAUUGAAUAACUCAUUUUUUUUGAAGGAUUGUUUCAAAUGAUUUCUGCUUGAAAUACAGAAAAUAAAUUAUAGUUACCUAUUUAUAUGUAGAUAGAUGUCAAAUCGUAUGAUUGUUAAUGAUUAGUAAUUCAUUCAGAAAUGAAGUAUUAUAUAAAUUAGUAGAUACAAGUACUGACAAAGAUACUGAUUAUGAUUUUUGUGUACCUAUUAUAAAUUAUCAGAUAACGUAUAUAAGAAUUAUACGUAUGUAAAAUAAUUUAAAACAAGAUCAGACUGUGCUGUAAUGUAGUUAUAAGAAAUAUUAUUUAAUAUAUAGUACAAAAGUUUUAUUUCCAAAGAAUGGUAUUACAAAAUAAUAAUUUUACACACAGAGUUUCCCUGAGUGUUUAUAAUUUACAUAGUGCGCAAGAUCGUUAUAUUUCUGUACAACGUUGUUCAACUAACAUCAAUCAAACAUCAACAUGAUGCCACCACAGACAUUUACCUUACCGAACACAUGAGUACAUUCAUUAAUAAAUAAUUAUGCUUCGAUAAUAAA